CAACCUCUACAAGCAGGUAGCCGCCAAAUAUAUUCUCCAAUCUCUUUUACUGAGCACAAUGUGGGUAAAACUGCUCUCUAUAGUAGCAGAAUUUUGUUUUUCCCCUUUCCUAGUUACUGAUGAAGAGACAGCUUCAGAUGCUCUGGAGAGAAACUCUCUAUCCUCUCAAGACCCACAGCAGCCCACCAGUACUGUCUCAGUAACAGAAGAUUCUAGUACAUCGGAGAUUGACAAGGAAGAGAAAGAACAAACCACUCAAGAUCCUGACUUGACCACUGAAGCAAAUCCUCAGUAUUUAGGAUUGGCAAGGAAGAAAAGUGGCAUCCUGCUGCUCACACUGGUGUCCUUCCUCAUUUUCAUACUCUUCAUCAUAGUCCAGCUCUUCAUCAUGAAGCUGCGGAGAGCACAUGUGAUAUGGAAGAAAGAAAACGAAGUUUCAGACCACACACUAGAAAGUUACAGAUCAAGGUCAAAUAAUGAAGAAACAUCAUCUCAAGAGAAAAAUGGCCAAUCUUCCCGCCCUAUGCGUUGCAUGAACUACAUCACAAAGUUGUACUCAGAAGCAAAAACAAAGAGGAAGGAAAAUGUACAACAUUCAAAAUUAGAAGAAAAGCACAUCCAAGUACCAGAGAGUAUUGUGUAGUGCUCUCUGCAAUAGAACAUGUGAUUUCAGGGUUGCCACAGUGUCACCUCAGUGGACCAGCCUGGGGGAAGGAGCUUAAUUGCUGAGACAUUAAUAAUGACCUCUUAGUGCAAUGCAAGAAGGUGUCCUCGGAUAAUGAUCUGCCCCGGAGCUAGGGCAGCAACAUGAGGACCAAACCAUGCACAUAAAGCUUGUAGUUUAAAAAAGAAAAGCAAAAAAAAAAUUAUGCCUGACACUACUUCAGAACAGGAGGAUUCUAUGAAGCCUUGGGGAUCGGGAUCAAUGUGACCAGCUAACAUCCUACCUCAGAUGGAACAGGAUUUUUUAGAUGCUUUGCUCUAAUGGAACUGCUUUAAAAAAAUUUUUUUUUCUUUUUCAUAAUUUCUUCUGGUCACAAAAUAAAGAAAUUUGGGAUGCAAAGUACCUAAAGAUCUCUGAUCCUAAGAAGUUACUUCUGGCCGGGCGCGGUGGCUCAUGCCUGUAAUCCUAGCACUUUGGGAGGCUGAGGUAGGUGGAUCACUUUAGGUCAGGAGUUCGAGACCAGCCUGGCCAACAUGGUGAAACCCCAUCUCUACUAAAAAUGCAAAAAUUAGCCAGGCGUAGUGGUGCUCACCUGUAGUCUCAGAUACUGGGAGGCUGAGGGUGGAGAAUCGCUUGAACCUGGGAGGCGGAGAUUGUAGUGAGUCAAGAUCUCACCACUGCACUCCAGCCUGGGCUACAGAGGGAGACUCUGUCUCAAAAAAAAAAAAAGAAGUUACUUCCAAGACAGACUUUUAAGAUGUAACCAGCACAAAGCAAUGUCAGGGAGGAGUGAUACAGGACAAUAAAUGAGUCAGAUGGGCAAGAAGGCCCCAGAACCCAUGCCCCAAGGCACAAAGAGGAGCUCAGGGUAGGCCCAAAGAUUCGAAUUUCUUAGAUUACUAAAUCACAUGAGCGGACCUUGUCUGUCAGACAAGAUUUUUACCUGGAAAUUCCAUGACCAAUACACGUGCAAAAGAAAAUGAUGGGUUUAAUUUACUGAUUAUUGAACUAAUGGAUGGCUUUUUAAAAUGUUUUAAUAAAAAGCAGAAUAUAUAUUUGUUUUUCUAGUGGUUAUACCAAGUUAUACUUCCUGUUUUCACAAGUGAAAGUAACAUGGGACAAGCCUUUCUUUUUCGAUCAGUUUAUUUAAGCUAUACAGCAAACCUUGGCAUUUAUGUGGAGCAUUUCUCAUUGUUGGAAUCCGAA